CGGAUAUCCUGCGCGCACAGUUCCGUCUGAGUAUACCAAACGGAUGUUUGCGUUCAUAUAUUUAUAUCCCUUAUAAUAUCGUUUUGUUGUAUCUGUGCAGACAUAUGCUGAAAUAUUGUUAAUGUGAGAGGCCUCACGUCUACAGAGGGAGACUACCCGAAAGGUCUGCUUGUUAACGUUAGUUUACCAAAGAGAGUCGACUGAAACUGACUUGAUAGCACGGUGAUAAUGGUGGGUUGGUGUGCCGUACCGGGUUGUAACACACAGGAAGAUGAAGAUAUUCUUUAUCAUUGCUUGCCGGCGAAUGAUGUGCAAAGAUGCAGACGAUGGUUAGCUGCCAUACAAAAGGAUGUAAAUUUACCAAUGGAAAGGCAUAAAUAUUUCUUAGUGUGUGAACACCACUUCAGACCAGAGGAAUAUGAAAAGGAUUUGAUGGCAGAGACGAUGGGCGCCAAACAUAAGAAAAAGCUCAAAUCCACCGCGAUUCCCACCAUAUUUCCAUGGAAUGAUUACAUUUGGAAGAGAAUUCAGCCACACAGAAAACAUUUGAAUGCGGCCGGAAGUGAAAUGUUUCUGAGUGCAGUUGGCAGACUUGGUGCCAAACCAAAAUGUGAGCCUGGUACAACAACAACAGGAGCAGCAUCCCAGAUGUCAACAUCAGUGGUCCAACAACCUGCUGUAGUUCCUGUUGCUUUUUCAACACAGACUGUGAAGAGUGCAGUUGGCAGACUUGGUGCCAAACCAAAAUGUGAGCCUGGUACAACAACAACAGGAGCAGCAUCCCAGAUGUCAACAUCAGUGGUCCAACAACCUGCUGUAGUUCCUGUUGCUUUUUCAACACAGACUGUGAAGAGUGCAGUUGGCAGACUUGGUGCCAAACCAAAAUGUGAGCCUGGUACAACAACAACAGGAGCAGCAUCCCAGAUGUCAACAUCAGUGGUCCAACAACCUGCUGUAGUUCCUGUUGCUUUUUCAACACAGACUGUGAAGAUGCCACCUUUGCCACUGGAGGAUGGAGAUAACGGUUGGUCUGGAGAGAGUGUAGCAGAGACUACUGUUGUGUUGCCGGGCAGUGACGAUGAAGAUGCCGCUGCGCUGACGGACGAGGAGUUCUGGCAGUUCUCCAGGGAGCAGGAUGAGGAUGAGGAUGAUGAAAAGGAGAACAAGACUGCGUACAGGAAGUCAGUCCAGCGGAAACGGCUCUCUGCGAAGAAGUUCUUCAAAGUGCAAAGGAAAAAUAAAGCUAUGCAAACACGUCCUCGUGGAACCCGCGUCGAUGUUUCUCCUGAGAGUGGUGACCUGUGUGUGAACAGAGACUGUCUCCUGCAGCUCUUCCGGUUGUGUAGGAGGUGUGGAUUUGAGUGCAAGUUCAGCUUGCAGGGUCAACAGAGGAGCUUCUCUGUCAUUCAGAUGUGCCCAAUAUGCAGUCACACCAGGAAGUGGAUGAGCCAGCCUUUUGUUGCUGAGGAAACCUCUGGAGAAAGAGAGACAGAGCUACUGGAUGGAGAGGAACCAUGUAAGGACAGAGACCAGGAUGACAGUUGUUCGUUGACGAUGGAAAUCACUGAGGAGAUGUGUGACUAUGAUGAAGAAGUCUGUCCUCGGAGGAAAAGGGGAAAGCAGAGAUCAGAUGAGACCGAGUGGGAGCCGUCUGACGAGGAAGACAUUGUAAUGGAGUCUGAUUCUUCUGAGGAUUUGGAAACGGCAGGUUCCUCUGGUCUAACAGAAAAGGCCAACGUUGAUAAUUCUCAGAGCGGAAUAGAGAAAGAAGAGAGACUUGUGGAGUGGUGCACCGACUGUGGAGCCGAGCCUGUACUCGCCUGCACCACACAGCGCCAUAAGAAGCUGUACGCCUGUGGUGUGUGUGUGAGUGAGGUCCAACAAGCUGUUGGAUUUGACCGAUUCUACAUGCAGUUCGAGGACCCGGCCAGCUUCAAGGAACAUGUACGACGUGAACACAACACAAAACCUCAUAGGUUGCUCUGUACAGACUGUGGCAUCUUUCCUCACAAGAAGGACCAUUGGUGUGAGCACAAGAUUAAGAAGCUCCGCUGUCUAGACUGUGGUAAACGCUGUCUGAGUGAACAUCAGAAAGGCUGUGUUUACCCAUGUAAGUUCUGUCUCAAGCCAUUCAGGACCAAAGAGGACAAGUUUACCCACGAGGAGAACCAUCGGCAUCCUUAUCAGUGCUCAGAAUGCUCAGAAAGAUUCAAGAACAUUAGACUACGGGACAGACACCUUCAGAGCCACAGAGGUCCAACGACAGCCUUCCACAGUGGCCAGAAGCCCCACAAGUGCCAUCAGUGUGAGAAGUUUUUCAAUUACAGCGUCGGUCUAAAGAACCACAUCCAACUCUAUCAUGGCCCCGGCUCUCAGGAGCAGGAGAGUCGGGAGACAAACUGUGGGACGGCGCAGGAGAAAGAGGAGGAGAGAGAGCGCAAGCGUCACUUUAAGGAGGAUAAUUUGUGUGCGUACAAGAUCAAGAAGUUCUGCUGUCUAGACUGUGGUAAACGCUGUCUGAGUGAACAGGGUCUGAAGUGUCACAGACAUCUCCAUCAGAAAGGCUGUGUUUACCCAUGUAAGUUCUGCCUCGUGCCAUUCAGGACCAAAGAGGACAAGUUUACCCACGAGGAGAACCAUCGGCACCCUUAUCAGUGCUCAGAAUGCUCAGAAAGAUUCAAGAACAUUAGACUACGGGACAGACACCUUCAGAGCCACAGUGGCCAGAAGCCCCACAAGUGCCAGCUGUGCCGACGCUGGCAUGCCCAGCCGAGCCGCCUCAAGUCCCACAUGCGCCUCCACACAGGGGAGAGGCCCUUCCAAGUGCCAUCAGUGUGAGAGGAUUCAAGAACAUUAAUCUACGGGACAGACACCUUCAGAGCCACAGAGGUCCAAAGAGAUAUAUUUGUGACGUCUGCCAGUUUAAACACCUACAGAAACAUACAGUCGUCCACAGUAGGCAGAGACCCCAAACGUGCCAGCUGUGCCAACGCUCGUUCACUGAAAAGAAACACCUCAGGUCCCACAUGCGCUCCAAAUGCCAGCAGUGUGAGAAGUGUUUCAAUCGCAUAGUCCAUCUGAAGAUCCACAGCCAACUACAUCAUGACACCGUCUCUCAGAAGCAGGGAGAGUCAGGAACCAAACUCUAGUACUGAGCAGGAGAGAGAGUAGGAGGGGGAGAGUCAGGAACCAAACUCUAGUACUGAGCAGGAGAGAGAGUAGGAGGGGGAGAGUCAGGAACCAAACUCUAGUACUGAGCAGGAGAGAGAGUAGGAGGGGGAGAGUCAGGAACCAAACUCUAGUACUGAGCAGGAGAGAGAGUAGGAGGGGGAGAGUCAGGAACCAAACUCUAGUACUGAGCAGGAGAGAGAGUAGGAGGGGGAGAGUCAGGAACCAAACUCUAGUACUGAGCAGGAGAGAGAGUAGGAGGGGGAGAGUCAGGAACCAAACUCUAGUACUGAGCAGGAGAGAGAGUAGGAGGGGGAGAGUCAGGAGAGAUUGGAACUGUAUAGCAUCAUUAUAAUGAUGUAAAAAGUCUGUCGUUCUGGCCCUGAACAAGGCAGUUAACCCACUGUUCCAAGGCCGCCAUUGAAAAUAAGAAUUUGUUCUUAACUGACUUGCCUAGUUAAAUAAAGGUAAAAUAAAAAUAUAUAUAAUGGGGAAAUAAACGAUGAUGAUCAA